GAUAGCAACGCGUUGUGCGACAGCUGGUGCAGCUCUGUUGAUAGUGCUAAUAGCACGUGUUUGGCGUGAAGCAGCUCUUAAAGCUUGUCUGGCGAUCAUUGUAUGAUGAUUGUAGGUGGAAGAGAAGACUAUGACUUGGAAAAAUUAAAUAUUCUUAGAAGAAGUUUAAAUUGUAAGAUAAACUAUAAAAUUGAUCUAUCAAUUAGGAAUAGUUUAAUAUACUACAUUUGUAUUCCCUUCAAGCCAAUUGGAUGGUCUACUCUCCAUUAGUUUGGUCCUUUCGGCUUCGUCGAGCGAACACCCAAUAUGAUAGCUCAGAGAGUGAUAUGAGACGUGUGCAAACAAUACCACUAUCAAAAUAUAUUCCGAAAAGUUAAUCCCAGGAAUCCUGUUAUAGCGUCUUCCUUAGUGUCAGAGCUGGAAUGUCCAGAAAUGAUGACUAUACAAGGCACAUUUGAUUUUAUUACUAACUCAAAGGCUGUUAUGCCAUCAAGUGCUUUAAAUUUACUAUCGUAGCUAUUUCCUUAUUGUAGUGCCUAAAACGAAAUAAUAAACAUCGGCAACGGUGUUAGGAGCUAAGGAAUAUAAUUCAUCCAACAUUUUCUGAUUGCGGAAUACCGACGACCUCCUGACAUAUCGUCGUACGGAGUUAAGAUUACGUUAGCGAGAACGUUAUCUAACAUUUAUAAAGUCAUCGGAUUUCAACCUUUAACUACAACAAUGACUCUUAAAUUACAGAAAUCAACAUUAACGACAGCAAAGUACGGAAAAGACGGUGUGAAAAUACUGCGUAUUGUGCGAAAUGAUCAAUGGCACGAAAUUGCAGAGUACACUAUUACAGUUCUAUUAGAAGGUGAUAUAUCCGCUUCAUACACAGAAGCAGAUAACUCAGUAAUCGUUACUACGGACUCAAUAAAGAAUACGAUAAAUGUAUUUGCACAAAAUUCUCAACAUGUACUCCAACCGGAGACAUUUGCUUUAGAAUUAGGCUUACAUUUCGUCACAAAAUAUUCACAUAUUAAGAAGGCGCACGUUGAUCUUUUGAAACAUCGCUGGACACGUAUUUGUCCGACGAGCGAGAAUGGUCAACCACAUGGACAUAGUUUCAGGCGAGAUGGAGAUGACAAGAGAGUCGUAAACGCAAUCGUCGAUGCAAGCGGGGGUGUAGAUAAUAUCACGAUAGAUUUGAAAGCUGGUUUGAAAGAUGUAUUCUUGCUCAAAUCGACGGGGUCUUCCUUUAAUAACUUCAUUAAUGAUGAGUUCACAACUCUUCGAGAGACAGACGAUAGAGUCUUCAGUACCAUCGUCGAUUGCAGUUAUUCGCUGGUAAUUCCACAAGCCAACAGCAGGUGUUUCACAAUUGCAGAUGUAGCUAAGACUCCGUUAGACGAUAUCGCAGAGAGCGUUCGCAACGUCACGCUCGACACUUUCGCUGUUGAUUUUAGUGAAAGCGUGCAAACGACACUCUAUACCAUGGCAGAGAGAAUAAUAGAGCAGAAUGACUUAGUCAAAGAUGUCAGCUACAAAUUGCCAAACAAGCAUUACAUUCCAAUCGAUUUGACAUUCUAUCAGGAGAAAGGAGCAACGAAUGACGUUCUCCUUCCUACUGAAUUCCCAUCUGGUUUGAUAACCGCUACUGUAUCUAGGGUCUAAUGCAUUUAUUUUCUAUGGUUACAGAGUGGAGUUAGUGUGCACAUCUACAGCAUCACUGUCCUCUUCUAGUGUAUCUAUCAAGUUCGUUAGUGUUUCCCUAAUCUCAUCGUCUAUUUCCUGCCGUUCCCCAGAUACAGGAAUAUAUGCAAGAUCAUAGGAGCUUAGUGUAUAUCCUUUUUCAAUGAGGCUCUCAGCCACGCGAGUUAGUUGAGAUGGAUCCGUGAUUAUUUCAACAAGAUUGUGAUCCUUCUGUACUAUAUCUUCACCACCUGCGUCAAUAGAAUCUUCAAAGAGUGUAUCAAAGGAAGCACUAUCUUGUAGUUCGAGAUUGAUAACGCCUUUUCGAGAGAAUAAAUAACCACAGGACGCCAUUCUACCACCGUGUUUGGCUAGUAUUGUCUUGACUGAAUGAUUACAUCGCGUUACGUUCGCAGUUUGACAUUCAAUGAUAAGACCAACGUCGGCUAAUAAAGCCUCAUAAGUGACGCUAUGGCCUUUAUCGACUGCACCAGCGUCACCUCUCUUUAUCGCAGCUUCUAUGUUAUCUUUUGGGACGGACAAGCUUCUAGCUUUAGCGAGUGCAUUCGAUAGUCUUGCGUUAAGUGCAGGAUCUGUAGCGCCACCGCCUAGUUUGACAGCAGCUGAGAUAUCCAAAGCCAUUUUUGCGAAGACUUUCGAACGAGCUUUAUCAGCCGCGCCUUUAUGAUGUCUGAUUUUGCUCCAUUUGUUGUGUCCACUUGGGAGUGCAUUUGUGCUAGAGAAUGAUCUAGUUUGUCUAAAUAUUCUCGAUAUCAUCACCGUUCGAGUAGAAGCUAUCUUCUUGACACUCAACUGUCAAGUUUC